CAGAGUGAGCCAGAACUACGAUUUUGCGGAAAAGGCUCCUUCAAUUACUGUGAAUCCAUUUUCCGGUAAAACAAGUUGUCUCGUUUAUUUUAUUCAAUGAUUAACCAUGGAAAAUUUUGCACUUUUCCAUUUGUGUUUUGACUGCAAAUAUUAAUAUAAUAAUCAAAUCGAAAAUAUUGUGAAUUUUUAUAAUACAACAAAAGAAAACGCGGAUAGCGUUGUGCGCAUUGCGAAACUUCUACUACAAAGCACAACAACCGAACAACAAUCAGUUAAAUUACCUCCUCCGCCAGGAAGCUACCCCAACCCAAACCCCAGCCCUAAUCGACGACGAAUUGUGAAUUGCGGUUGCCACUCUACCCGAGAGUAGUUCAUUUCUAUUUAGAUGCCCAGCAAGUGCCGUUUGGAUAAAAUCGUCUCCAUCAUCAACAAGUGCAAGUGGAAAAAUGUAAACGGAUGAAAAUCGGUUAAUUUUUUCAAAAAAUGAAAAUUCGCAAAUAAAAACGCAUUUAAACCGAGAAAUGUAAUAAAUUUCGAAUAAAAUACUUUUUUGAGACUUAAUUUAACUGUCCAUCGAAAUUACAAUAACAAAAAAAAAAUUAAUUAAAUUUAGUUUUGUGAACAUCGAAGUUUUUAUUGAAUCGAAAAUGAUAAAAUCUACCGAGCGUAGUAGAUUUUUAGUGAUGGCCGCUGUGGCCUUGUUAAUGGCGUUGGUGGUAACCGGAAGCGAGACCGUGAGUGAUUUAAAACCCGUGCAUCAAAACGAACAUAAUUUCAAAAAUCAAAAGUUAAUCGAGAGUAAAAUCAUCCCAGAAGUCAGCAGUGUUCUCAAGGAUAAGGAGAAUGCCCGCGACGAAAAGUGGGAGCACACUAGGCGUUUCAUGGAGGAUGGCUUGCCCGUCCUAGAUGUUUACGGAUACAAACCGAAAAAGGAGAUCCCAUUCACAUUGAUUAUUCCCAAAAUCGAUGUUCGAACUAUCGACAAACCAAGACUGAAGGAGUUUAUGUUGGAACAUAUUGUGCCGGGCAAGGCGUUCGAUACUUUUACUGAUGAAGACCACUAUGGUAACGGAAAUGGUCAUAAAAUCACUUUCCGUAAGCUAGAGAAGUCCCACAGCAAUCAAUGGCUCUUGAAUGGCUUCCAAAUAAUGCACAAACAACGACUGAGCGAUAAUUUAAUUGCAAUCUUAAUCGACGGGUACUUGGGUGACAGAAAGUCUCCUUACUCGAAGAGAAAUAUCCAAGAAACAAAUACUCGUUAUAACGAGCCACAAAGGCUAGAAAGUCGCAAUGCAACAACGAAGAACGAACCAGUACCAAAGGAAUCGAAAUCGAGUCCUCUUAUGUCCUUCCUGAUAAGUAUGAAAACCGGAACCAAAGUUUUCCAGCAUUUCCUCAGCAAAAGCAAUCUUACGCAGAUAAUGGACGAAGGUCCAUACACGAUACUUAUUCCGGCAGAUAAUGCCUUUCAACGAUGGCACCCCAUUGACUGGGGAUUCUAUCCGUUUAGUGUGCAGGAGUUCACCGAGAGUGUGCUGCGGAAUCAUUUUCUACCCACUCAGAAGCCCAUCCGAAUGGCUGAUGUAAGGAAUGUGGAUCGCAUGACAAUGCGAACAAUGGGCGGUGAAAAUGUCGUCUUUCGUGGCUAUCCUUCACCAUCCAUUAACAAUGUCUCUAUUAUGGCUGACUACACUCUUUCGAAUGGCAAUCAAGUUUUCAUCAUAUCGGAAGUACUUUUUGUAUCGGAGGCAGUUGUGUCAAAGCUGCAUCAGAUGCACAAGGAUAAGGAAACACCACCGCUUUUGGCUUUCCCAUGGUUCGGAGCGCAAUUCCUUUCGCAUUCAUUUUUAGCGCUGGAAAGGGAUCCAAGAUUUACUCAGAUAACAAGAUAUCUUAACAAUGCUGAAAUAGCGCCACAUGUCUCUGGUGCAAACUACACAUUUUUCGUGCCAGAUGAUGAGGCUUUUGAACGACUUGGAUUUGACCUUCUUCCCGACGAUGUGCUUGCUUCUCCACGAGGAAUCAAAAUGCUCCUCAACCAUUUCAUUCGUGGACGACUCUACGAUCGUGAUUUAAAAGAUGGCGAAGUCUUCGAAGCAAUCGGUGGUGGAUCAAUAAAAAUAACACGACGACCCGGUAGCAAUGUGACCGUAAAUAAUGCCAAAAUCACAGAAAGUGAAGUAUUUGUUUAUAACUUGGGUACAAUGUUUUACUUGAGUGAUGUUUUGUAUUCUGACAUUCUUCGAGAAUACGUGUCAAUCAAACCUCAUUCUGGAAUCAAUACAAAUUUCGAAGCUUCAGGCCAUGGAGUUAAUAAUGUACGAACAUCAUCAGUAGCACCCCCAACAGACGUCGAAAUAGUGCCAAAUGAAUUCUUUACCGAGCAAAGUGGAACGGGUGAUUUUUCAAUGCACGAUGAAGAUGAAGACGAAAUCAUUACACCAAAAGCCCUUCCCGUCCGUUUCAACUUUGAACCUCCAAAAUAAAAUGAAUAAAAGAAUCAAUACUUCAAUAGCACUUUGAAAUGGCAAUCAAAGGUCUCCAAAUUUACAUUCCAAUCAAAUCAAUCCCUACAUUACGCUCUGACCAUUUCCGGAAUUAAAAACUCUAAGAGUAUCAAGCACUUCUCCUCCCUUUCACGCUCAUUGUACUCACAACAUUGCUCCCCCUAUGACAAAUAUAUGUGAUUAAGGAUAUUUUUUAGAAGGUUUAAUUUAUACACAAAAAGAAAAGAAACAUAUUAAACAAAUUAAGGUUAGCUGAUCUAGAGGCAAAUUGAAACAAAACAAAAAUAUGAACAAAUAUUUUGUAGUUUAAUAAAAAAUAAUACCUAAUACAAUUCGUAGAAAAACCUCAAAAGAAAAAGAGGUGCUAUAAAUUAUAAUCUGCGCUUUUAAUGUUGUUGUUUUUAUUUUUGGAUAAAGUAAACAAAAAAAAUAGAUUUUAGUAACAUAUCUGAACGAUUUAUAGCAAAUAUAUUACCAUUUGCGAGUUUUAAUUUAGCUAGAAAUAUCUUUCAACGAAACAGUUUAAUUAAGAGCAUUUUUUUAAUUAUGACUUGAAACUUUUUUGUUUAUCAAUUUUACAGUUAGUUUUAAAAAUAUAUAUAGUAUGUACCUAAAUUUUUAAUAUCUAUAUAUAAAUAUUUUCUUUAUUUUAAGUUAUUUGAUUUAAUAAGCAAAAAGAAACAAAAAAUGGAAGAGUGAAUCUAUAUAUAUAUAUUUUUUAAUACAUAUAAUUAUCAACAACAAUUUAUUUAAAAACUUAUUUUUCAAUUAGAUAUAAUUCUAAUUAUGUUAUGUUGAUUAUAUAUAAAUAAAAAUAAUAUAUUAUGUAUUUAUAAAAAUUUUGCAUAAACUAUGAAUAAAAAGAAAUCAACAAUUUAA